AUGAAGGUGUGGCCCUAUGCGUCUCUAGUCAAAGAGCUAUUCCUUUGGGAAGCCAUUCAGACACAACUCUACCUGCAACUACAUCCUAGGUAUCCAUCUAUAAUAUUAAGAUGUGGGGUCAAAACCAAGGAAACCAGUAUCCCAGGAACCCCAGCGAAGGUCAACAGCCUGGACCAGGGGGAUACCCAGGACAUCAGUCUGGACCAGGGGGAUACCCAGGACAACAGCCUGGACCAGGGGGAUACCCUGGACAACAGCCUGGACCUGGGGGAUACCCAGGACAACAGCCUGGACCAGGAGGAUACCCAGGACAACAGCCUGGACCUGGGGGAUACCCAGGACAACAGCCUGGACCAGGGGGAUACCCAGGACAACAGCCUGGACCUGGGGGAUACCCAGGACAACAGCCUGGACCAGGGGGAUACCCAGGACAACAGCCUGGACCAGGGGGGUACCCAGUUCCAGGACAACAGCCAAUGCCAGGGGGAUACCCAGGGCCAGAGGGAUAUCCCCCUGGAACCAUCCAUCCCCCUCCCUACCAGCCUUAUCCAGGGCAGGAUCAUGGUCAUCAUCAUGGUCAUCAUCAUGGUCAUCAUCAUGGUCAUCACGAGGAUGGAGGCCGCGGACGUGGCCGCGGACAUCGCGGAGGGCAUGAUCGUGGGCGCGGCCGUGGGCGUGGGCGUGGAGGCAGGCAUCGUCACCCUCAUGGUCAUUGCCAUAAUGGUUGUCACAAGAAAGGGAGGCAGAGUCGUGGGCAUUCAAGCAGCUCGUGCAGCAGCGACUCUGACUAAAGCCUUGCAGUCAGAGGGACAUAACAUCUGCCCUCUGAUCAGCCCUAACAGACAUGGGCUUCUCUGUCCUUCAGUACUAUGCUCUCUUAGCACCAUAACCGCUCCCAAAACCACAUACCUAAUAUGUGUACUCAACAAAGGAAUAUCCCAACUCGCUUAAACUACAUGUUUUUUUUGUAACAGUACUGUCAGUGAAUAUUGAAUUGAAUAAAAUGAUACCCAAAGGAGAAUUA